AUGUUUCUAACAUUGUUACUAGGCUUAUUGUACGAAGGCAAGAGCGUCACGUAUCAAGUUCGGAGACAUACUACCAUCAUGGAUCCCAUUCAUGAUAUACAUCAAGUAGAAUACAGAGUGGAAAUGCAGUUCGGAUCAAUGAAAUAACAGAUGGAGCUAAUUAUAGAUACAGGGUCUUCAGAUCUAUGGGUUCCAUCAGUAGAGGCAAGAGGAUUCUAUAAUUAUGUCAAGCGAUAUGAUUGUACUGCAAGUUCGACUUGCAUUAAUACUGAUUCCAGUUAUUCAAUUUACUAUGAUGAUGGCCCCAUUUCUGGUACUUUGGCUUGGGAUUAAGUGUGGAUCCAUAACAUCAAAUUUAAUUAAUCCUUCCUAUUGAUUGAAAGAGCAAAUGGAAAUAUUGCAUCCAGUGGAGGCAUCCUAGGACUUGGAUUCAAUUCUAUUGCUGCCAAUCCAAAUCCAUCAAUCUUGGAAUCUCUUUAUCAAUAGAAACUUAUCUCUAAAAAAUACUUUUCAUUGUAUUUGAAAGAUGAAGGUGAAUAUGGUAGUUAUAUUCUAUUUGGAGGCAUUGAUAUGCAAUUUGCUUAAGAGGGCUAACAGAUAUCUUAUGUACCCCUCAUGUCGGCAUCUCAAUAUCUAAUUGGAAUAGAGGGAAUGUCCAUAGAUAAUGAAUUGUUUAAUAUUCCAACAGCCCUUGUGGACAGUGGAACUAGUUGUCUUACUGUUCCCGCAGUUGCAAUGGAUAACAUGUUGGAUGUGUUUGAAGAAAAAGGAGUUCAUUGUUCAUACAGAGUUGAAAGUUAUGCCCCCUCUUAUUGCACUGUACAUUGUUCGGUAACUGCAACAAGCGAAAAAGAAAUUAUUGAAGCAUUUCCUAUUAUAAAGAUAAGAGUCAAUAGUUCCUUGGAAUUACUAUUAAAUCCUUAGGAUUACAUCUAUUCUUGUACAAUAAUCGACGGCAGUCAAUCAAAAUGUAAUACGAAACUCGAAAGAUCAGAGAUAGAUGACAUUCUAUUGUUAGGUGAUGCUUUCUUGCAUAGCUAUUACACUGUUUUCGAUCAAACAGAUAAACAGAUUGGAUUUGCUCAUUCAAUAAAUAAUAAGGGUUUAAAAUUACAUUUUAAAUCAAGACAUCUAUCUAAUGAUGCUUUAAUGCUAAUUAUUCUAUAGAUUGGUUUGAUAUUCAUUUUAUGA